CCCUGAGUGAUGUGAGCAGCUCUGCAGACACGGAUUUUGAAAACCAAGCUGUCGUCAAAGUGAAACUAAAGGCGGGCAAGGUCGUGGCACUGAAGGACCCGGUUAUGCCUGCCCAGGGCCCAUUCAUUCGGGACAGGAGAGGUCCCGCAGACCCCGGAGCUCAGCGCAGAGGGAGAAUUCCCACGGAAACCUCUGAUCUUCAACACAGAGAAGUGACCAGCAGCUGGAUUGUGCCUUGGAUUUGAUGAGGCGUCUGCCUCCCCAGCAGAUAGAGAAGAAUCUCAGUGACCUCAUUGACUUGGUCCCAAGCCUCUGUGAAGACCUCCUCUCCUCUGUUGAUCAGCCCUUGAAGAUUGCACGAGACAAAGUGGUAGGAAAAGACUAUCUAUUGUGUGACUACAACAGAGAUGGGGACUCAUACAGAUCACCAUGGAGUAACAAAUAUGAUCCUCCCCUGGAAGACGGUGCCAUGCCAUCUGCUCGCCUGCGCAAGCUGGAGGUGGAAGCCAACAAUGCCUUUGACCAGUACAGAGACUUGUAUUUUGAAGGUGGAGUCUCCUCUGUCUACCUCUGGGAUCUGGAUCAUGGUUUUGCUGGGGUGAUCCUCAUUAAGAAAGCUGGAGAUGGAUCAAAGAAGAUUAAGGGAUGCUGGGAUUCCAUCCACGUGGUGGAGGUUCAGGAGAAAUCCAGCGGUCGUACUGCUCAUUACAAGCUGACCUCCACAGUGAUGCUGUGGCUGCAGACUAAUAAAACUGGGUCUGGUACCAUGAACCUUGGAGGGAGCCUUACCAGACAGAUGGAGAAAGAUGAGACUGUGAGUGACUCCUCUCCACACAUAGCCAAUAUUGGACGCUUGGUAGAGGACAUGGAAAACAAAAUCAGAAGUACACUGAAUGAGAUUUAUUUUGGAAAAACAAAGGACAUCGUUAAUGGGCUGAGAUCUAUUGAUGCUAUCCCCGACAACCAAAAGUAUAAGCAGUUGCAGAGGGAGCUUUCUCAAGUCUUGACCCAGCGCCAGAUCUACAUCCAGCCUGAUAACUAAACCAAUCCAGGUCUGUGCAGACUUUUGCAGACAAAUCAAAACAAGAAGCUCUUAAAAACGACCUGGUGGAGGCUUUGAAGAGAAAGCAGCAAAGUUAAAACCCUC